AUGUCGAGCUUCCCACAAUUCGCCCUUCUACCUAUCGAGUUAAAACUUUGUGUAUGGCAUCUGGCACUAGAAGCACAAGAAGGACAUAUCGUUCCGAUCAAACAGUUGCGAUACGGACAUCGCAGAAGAUUCAAACCGCAUGUUUUGUAUUUCGUAAAUUGCGAUUCCAGGAGAACAUAUCUCAAGUUCCACAAGAAAAACUUGGCCCGUUAUCCAAGAUUAGGAACUGUGAUCUUUGAUCCGAGGAUAGAUAUAGUUAUCGUGGAAGUAGGCUGGCUUUCUUGGAUCAAAAACGUUUUGACGCAAAUCAGAGAUGGCGUGGAAGGUAGCAUUAUGAAAGACGUCCGUAAUAUUGCGAUCAGUGGUUUCAAAGAAGGAAACACCACCUCCGAGGUGCUACAAGACAAGAAUCUUCUAAACUCGAUGGGGAGUAUGAUAGCGCGAGUUUUACCAUCACUCAAAACUUUCACCUAUGUCCUCGAUUACGAUGCCAGAUACGGUUUACAAGAAUCAUUAUAUGGGGAGAGUGACGUGAUGAAUCACGGGCAAGGGCUGGCAAAUUCACUGCAAAGAGAUAUUGCUAGGGUACGGGAGAAGUUGUAUGAGCGUGUGGUUGAGUGGACACGUGAGAAUUUGGAGGAGUAUAAGCACAGCGAGAACCCUGAAUGGAAUCCCCCAAUGGUACAAGCGAAGUUUGCUAUCUGUGGAGAAGCAGUCAAUCCCGUACGUAACAUCUUGGGAUUCGAUCUUGAACCAAGACUUUGGCUUGUAUAG